CUAGUUUUUGACAUUUUCCCAUUCGGGAAUCGCAUAUUUUUCGCUUUUUAUUCGCCACUUUUAGCAAAUUUCUCAAUUCGUAUGUAUGUUAAAUGGAAAAUCGAAAAGAUUUUUCUCCGGAAUUCAUUCAUGGCUGUUGUGAGUUAUUGGCAAAAGUUGAAAGUGAUUUAAAAAUCUAAUUAGAAAAGGGUGUGGCUAAAGUGGAAAAGUAAAUUAAAGAUUUUGCACCGAUUAAAGUAAAAGAGUUUGGUGACUUUUUCGUAACUGCAUCUAUGUGUGCUUUAGUUAAGCCACAACUUGAAAAUAGAAAAAAUUGGUAAAAGAAGGAAUAAAAUUUCUUAAAGCGGUGGAGCAGCUGAAGCAGCACCAGCCGCAAAGGCAGGAACGAUAUUUAUAUAAACGGCAGCGAUCAAAGAUUAUGGAUCACAAGAAAUCGCCAGUAAGAAGACAGAAGCGACAAUCGAAGGCGAUCGAAGAGAAUUUCUGGGACUGCAGUGUAUGUACGUACAGGAAUACUGCUGAAGCAUUUAAAUGCCGAAUGUGUGACGUGCGGAAAGGAACUUCCACACGUAAGCCACGCUUGAACUCUGCUCUCGUUGCGCAACAAGCCGCCACUUUACCCGGCGCAUCCGGCACUAUGCCAAACGGCACUAAAUCAGCCUCCGGCUCUCGACACAGUGCCGGCCAUGAGAAAAAUAAGCAUAAAAAAUAUCCGGCACGUUUGAAGAAUGUCGAUCGCUCAACAGCACAGACUCGUGAAGUCACUGUGAAUUCAGUGACAGUGUUCAUUACAGAAUAUAAGCCUAAACCAGUUGGUAGUCGCCGUGAGUCCAGCGAGCAAAGUUUUAGUGAAAGCAAUGAUUCGCGGAGUUAAAUAUUAAACUCCAUUAGCGAAUCCACUGGAAAUCGACAACAAUUAAAAUUCAAUUGAAUUAGGAUAUAAAUAAUGUUUUACUCAAUAAGUUGAAGGAAGGACAAGAAUACAUACAGUAGCUAUAACUAGGACAACACGACUUUAGCUAAUCGAGAAUCAUGCAUAUACAAUAGUAAUAAUGGCGGAUAGAAUUUUGUAAAUGAGUUUGCAUAUAUAUGUAUAUAUGUAUAUGAUCGUUACUGGGCACAUUAGCCACUAUUGGAACGUGCCGGAUAUCGGAGUCUGGUUUGAUUUGCUGUAACAAUUUUAUAUACCAAUAUUUUUGAUGAUUUGCUAUUGCAGCGUAUAAAAACAUAAACAUAUAAAACGUAGUACAGACUAUGAGGGUUUAAUCCUCUUGUAAUGCGCGUAACUCUGUGCAGCAACACUGCCUUCAGUUGUCAGAUUAGAAGUUAUAGCCAGAAUAUUUUACACAUUCGAAAUAAUAAAGGCCCUGAAUAAAUAAAUAAUGUUAAAUAAUUGCAUAUGAAAAACAAAGUCAAAGCAAAUAUCAAAUAAGUACACCGAACCAAACGGAACAAAUAUUUACAUUCAUGAUUUUGUAAUGCAAUGUAGGUAUUGAUUAAAAAAUUUGCUGGUGUGAAUAUAACAGCUAAAAAUCAUGCAUGCAUCAAUCUCCAAUUAGCCGCACUAAUGCACGUCUUACAAACCAAAAUAAAUCGGCCAUUGUGUAUAUUUUUGAGGUUUCAAGUGUUUUGCAUGGUAUGCCACAGCUAUGUUAAUUAAAUUAAGCUACAACACUUUGUUAAUACUACUUUUUCUUAUAUGUUAAUGAACUUAAUGUAAUGUAAAUCUAUAAUUAAAGUAAGCUAAAUACUGUCGGACAAGCAAAUAUUCCACUUACCAAUUUUAUUUAAUUUUUCAUUUUCUCUAUAAAUACAUAUAUACAAAAAAAAAAACCUAAAAAUGUAAAUUUAAUGUAUAAAAAAUCUAUCAAUUAUUUAAAACUGAGUUGUUAACAACAAAGGAAAUACUAUCAGUUAUCAUAGUCCCUGGGCAUAUAAAUAUGUAAAGCUAGUGUAAAUAAUAUAAGCACAUAAUAGAUUAUUUUAUGUUAACUGUAAUUAGUGUUGAUUUUAAACUACUAUAAAAUGUGUGCAAAAAGCUGAGAAACUUAAAUAUUUGUUAAUUAAGAUAUAUUACGUUAAUCAUGUUUGCGAAACUGUACACUACAAAUUACAUAUUGUCAAAAAUUAAAUUCUACUUUACAUGAAUUUUAAUAAAAAAAAAAAA